GCAAAGGUUAAAGGGCAGCCUCUAGGUGGGAGAGCGCUGACUUUGCGCAAUGGCCGCCUCUGGGGAAUCCGGGAGGCAGUGGCAGGAGAAGGUGGCGGCGGCGGCGGUGGUGGUGGUGGGCUCCUGCAUGACCGACCUGGUCAGCCUUACUUCUCGUCUGCCAAAAACUGGUGAAACCAUCCAUGGUCAUAAGUUUUUUAUUGGCUUUGGAGGGAAAGGUGCCAACCAGUGUGUCCAAGCUGCUAGGCUUGGAGCAAAGACAUCUAUGGUGUGCAAGGUUGGCAAAGAUUCCUUUGGCAAUGAUUAUAUAGAAAACUUGAAACAGAAUGAUAUUUCUACAGAAUUUACAUAUCAGACUAAAGAUGCUGCAACAGGAACUGCUUCUAUAAUUGUCAGUAAUGAAGGCCAGAAUAUCAUCGUUAUAGUGGCUGGAGCAAAUUUACUUUUGAAUACUGAAGACCUGAGGGAAGCAGCCAGUGCCAUUAGCAGAGCCAAAGUAAUGAUCUGCCAGCUAGAAGUAACUCCAGCAGCUUCUUUGGAAGCCCUGAGAAUAGCCCACAGCAGUGGAGUAAAAACACUGUUCAACCCAGCACCCGCCAUUGCUGACCUAGACCCCCAGUUCUACACUCUCUCAGAUGUGUUCUGCUGCAAUGAAAGUGAGGCUGAGAUUCUGACCAGCCUUGAGGUCAGUAGCCCCUCGGAUGCUGGGAAGGCUGCGUUGGUGCUCAUGGAAAGGGGCUGCCGGGUUGUAAUCAUCACCUUAGGUGCUGAAGGAUGUGUGAUGCUGUCACAGACAGAACCUGUCCCAAAACACAUUCCCACAGAGAAUGUCAAAGCUGUGGAUACUACGCUGGCUCCCUUCUUACCAUUCCUGCUCACCGCUGCCAUCUCUGCUACUGCACGGGAGUUCUUUCAAGAUCAGUCUGGACUGUGACUGCCUUUUCUGUGAAGUACAAGAAAGAGCAGACUGGAAACUCCUGCACAAAUCUCACUAUGGAAAAUUUUCUUUUCUUAUAUGAAACAAUGGUUAUUUUUUAGGAAUGUAGUUUUUAAAAUUUCAAAUAGUGGGGGAAAACACCACUAAGAGACAAUAGUACAGGCUAUUUUAAUAUUUUUAUUAAGGGCUAUAAAAAUAUCCAGAAAGAUAAAUAAAUGUGAUGCAAUGAUGUAUGUCCUAAUAUGAAGAACUUUCUUUCACUGCAUUGUUUUCCUUCACAAUGGCCUUCAAAUCACAGGAGGCAGUGAUUCCAUGCCAUUUCCUCUUCUUUCAUUACACGCUGCAGAAUUUCUGAAUCAGUAUCCCGCCCUCAGUCUUCUCAUUUAUAAAUCAAAUUCAUUUUCAAUCCAUUGUUUAGAGGGAGCGUAUUUUUUUCUGUUCCACAAAGAGGACUUUUUUUUUCACUGUCGGAGGAGAAAAAAGGAUUGUAGCAGAAAACUAAAAAGUAUCGUCACCAUUUUUUAAUAAAAAUACA